ACUUGGAGUGUCUCGUUCCCCCGCGUCUCUGUCCCCUCCCCGUCUUUGACCCCGUCCCUGCUUCUCUUCCCCGGCCGCAUCCUCCUCCAGGUGUCCUGCCCCUUUCCCGCAUCACUGUCUUCCCUCUGCCCCUCUCCCCUAUCUCGAUCCUCCUCUCUACCUCUUUACCCCCACUCUGUCCCCCCUCGCCCUCCUCCGUGGCCGAGCAGAGCCAGGCCCCAGACGGCGGGAAGGCGGCCGGGCGUCCGGCCGGGCUGGGCCUCGGCCUGGCGGCUGGGCCGGUGUGGGGAGCGGCAGCUGUUUGCCAUUAGCCGGGGACCCCGCAGGCCCCGCCCCCUCCCUGCACGGGGCGGGGUCACCCCUGCCGGGGUCUUUGGGUCGGAGAGACCCCAGAGACGUCCAGGUCUGGCUGGGAGUGGGGCUGGAAGGAGACUCCGCCGGACAUUCGGGCCCGCCUGGGACCCUGCACCCCCUUACCUGUCCCCUCUUGGAGUGUCUCGCCUCCCAUUCUCUCCAUCUCUCUCCUAUCCUGCUUUUCCUUAUCUAUAUCCCAGGGGUCCCAUAGAGGGAGAGGGGCUUCAGCCACAGACACCCUCCCUCACCACCCCGCCCACCCCGCUCUGCUUUCUCGACCUGUGGUCAUCCGCGCACGUAGAGGGCGGUCCGAUGGCUGGAGACCCUCAGACCUCAGUCUGUCUUGGAAGUGGGCAGAGGGAUGUGGCAUUGGGAGGUGGGGGUGGUGUGGCCAAUAGUGGGGAAUCUGCCAGGCUUAGGUUCGAGUCCAGACCCAGCCACUUCCCCCUCCGGUGACCCUGGGCAAGUCAUUGUGCAUUUCUGUGCCUACCCCGCCCCCCAUUCCUUAUUUGCAAAACAGAGCAAUCAAUAACUGUGUGCCUGAUGGGGACGUUGUGAUCAAAUGAGCUGCUGGGGUGAUUAUUACAGUUAUUACUAUUAUUUGCCCCACCGCUUUUCACCUCCAGGGGCCCCCACAGGCUAUUCCAGUCCUGCUUCCUGCCACCAGUCUGUCUCAGGUGUCCAGAAAAGAGUUUUGAUCACCUCCCAGGCGUUGAAAGACAAAGACGUGAAGAAAGACGGAGAGAGAAGUGGAGUGAGGCACAGAGAGACAGAACGUGGAGAGAGGCAGAGAAGCGUGGAGAGACUAAGCAAGACACUAAGCAAGGGACGAGCGGAGUGUAAGACAAGGACAAGCCCGGCUGCCCCGGAGCCCCAGCCCCGCCUUCAUGCCCAGCAAGUGCCCCACCUGGCCCAUCCUCCCAGGUAAGCCUCAGCCCAAGCUGCAGGUGAUCUGAGUCACAGACCCCAAGUGACUCUUGAGGAGCUUCUGCAGACCAGAGGAUGGCCCAAGUCCUGCACGUGCCAGCUCCCUUCCCAGGGACCCCUGGUCCAGCCUCCCCACCCGCCUUCCCUGCCAGGGAGCCUGACCCACCGUACUCUGUGGAGACGCCCUAUGGCUACCGCCUCGACCUGGAUUUUCUCAAGUAUGUGGAUGACAUCGAGAAAGGCCACACGCUUCGGCGCGUGGCCGUGCAGCGCCGGCCCCGCCUCAGCUCACUGCCCCGAGGUCCUGGCUCCUGGUGGACCUCCACCGAGUCUUUGUGCUCUAAUGCCAGCGGGGACAGUCGCCACUCGGCCUAUUCCUACUGCGGCCGUGGCUUCUACCCGCAGUACGGUGCCCUAGAGACCCGCGCCGGCUUCAACCCGCGCGUGGAGCGCACGCUGCUGGAUGCCCGACGCCGCCUGGAGGACCAGGCGGCUGCGCCCACCGGCCUGGGCUCCCUGACCCCCAGCGCAGCAGGCUCCACCAGCUCAUUGGUGGGCGUGGGGCUGCCACCCCCGACGCCACGGAGCUCGGGACUGUCCACACCCGUGCCUCCUAGCGCCGGGCACCUGGCCCACGUGCGGGAACAGAUGGCAGGCGCCCUGCGGAAGCUGCGGCAGCUGGAGGAGCAGGUGAAGCUGAUCCCCGUGCUCCAGGUGAAGCUAUCCGUGCUGCAGGAGGAGAAACGGCAGCUCACGGUGCAGCUCAAGAGCCAGAAAUUCCUGGGCCAUCCCACGGGGGCCCGGGGCCGCAGCGAGCUCUGCCUGGACCUCCCAGAGCCCCCCGAAGAUCCAGUGACGCUCGAGACCAGGAGCGUGGGCACCUGGGUCCGAGAGCGGGACUUGGGUGUGCCUGACGGGGAGGCAGCCCUCGCCGCUAAGGUCACGGUGCUGGAGACCCAGCUCAAGAAAGCGCUGCAGGAGUUGCAGGCGGCUCAGGCCCGGCACGCGGACCCCCAGCCUCAGGCCAGGCCACCACCAGACAGCCCGAUCCGAGUGGACACUGUCCGGGUGGUAGAGGGGCCGCGGGAGGUGGAGGUGGUGGCCAGCACGGCUGCCGGAACCCCUGCACAGAGGGCCCAGAGUCUGGAGCCCUAUGGAACAGGGCUGCGGUCCCUGGCACCGUCUGGAGGGGUGGAGAGCCCUGCCGCGUUCCGUAGCCACGAGCUGGUAGAGACCGCGUUCCCAACAUCUGCUGCGCCCGCCAGCAACGUUCACCUGGUGAAGAAGAUCAGCAUCACGGAGCGCAGCUGCAGUGACCCAGCAGGUCUCCCACAGGCCCCUGCGGAGUCACCCUCGUCGCCCCCAGGGGUGGCGGCCACGUCCCUGGCACAGCCUGAGAAGAAGGCAGGCGGAGCGCUCGCCCGGGAAGCUGCCGACUCGGAGCCCGCCAGGCAGGCAGCCUCGUGCGGGUCCGCGGAGGCGGGGGGCGCAGGCGAGCCCCCGGCUGGCGUGCGGUCCAUCAUGAAGCGCAAAGAGGAGCCCGCGGACCCCCCAGCCCACCGGAGGAGCCUGCAGUUUGUGGGGGUCAAUGGCGGAUACGAGUCCUCCUCUGAGGACUCCAGCACAGCAGAGAACUUCUCGGACAACGAGAGCACAGAGAACGAGGCCGCGGGACCAGAGGAGAGGGUUCCAAGUGUGGCCGAAGCCCCCCAGCUCAGGCCCUCGGGGACAGCGGUGGCCAAGAGCAGCCAGGAGGAGUGCCAGCCACCUCGGGAGCCUCAGCAUGUGCUGGUGGAGGAGGGGGUGUCAGGAGCGAAUGCAGAGGAGGAGAUCCGGAUGGAACUAAGCCCCGACCUCAUCUCAGCCUGCCUGGCCCUGGAAAAGUAUCUGGACAACCCCAAUGCCCUCAGCGAGCGGGAGCUGAAAGUGGCCUACACCACGGUGCUACAGGAGUGGCUGCGUCUGGCCUGCCGCAGCGACGCCCACCCUGAGCUUGUGCGGCGCCACCUCGUCACCUUCCGGGCCAUGUCGGCGCGGCUGCUGGACUACGUGGUCAACAUCGCCGACGGCAAUGGCAACACCGCUCUACACUACUCCGUGUCCCACGCCAACUUCCCCGUGGUGCGGCAGCUGCUGGACAGCGGCGUCUGCCAGGUGGACAAGCAGAACCGCGCUGGCUACAGCCCCAUCAUGCUCACUGCCCUGGCCACUCUGAAGACCCAGGACGACCUCGAGACCGUGUUGCAGCUCUUCCGGCUCGGAGAUGUCAAUGCCAAAGCCAGCCAGGCGGGACAGACGGCCCUCAUGCUGGCGGUCAGCCACGGGCGGGUGGAUGUGGUCAAAGCCCUGCUGGCCUGUGAAGCGGACGUCAAUGUCCAGGAUGAUGACGGUUCCACGGCCCUGAUGUGCGCCUGUGAGCAUGGCCACAAGGAGAUCACGGGGCUCCUGCUGGCUGUGCCCAGCUGCGACAUCUCGCUCACCGACCGCGACGGGAGCACAGCUUUGAUGGUGGCCUUGGAUGCGGGGCAGAGUGAAAUUGCAUCCAUGCUCUACUCCCGCAUGAACAUCAAGUGCUCGAGCAGGCGUCGUAGUCAGAUACACAAUACACAAGACGACGUGUCAGAGCCAGGUGAUGCUAACUGCCGGAAAGAAAUCUAAAACAAGGAGGAGCCCCCAACAGCAACAUGACUCCAGCUUUAUGGCGGGUUUUUCCUGGUACACCAGUUCAAAGCAGCCGCGGUGCAGACCGGAGCUAAAUUCUUACAUAAAUUGGCGCCAGCGGCCGAGGCCGGGGCGUGGGUUUAUGAAGAACGUUGAGAACAAUCAACUGACAAUUACGGACGGAGGAGGGCGAAAGGGAAAAAUACUGUAUUUUUGAAUCAUUGUGGGGGGGGGGGGGGAGGGCGGGAAUCGUAUUACUUGUUGCCAGAUUUGAAAGUCACUGGAAUCGCAUAGUUUCAUUUUAAUCCUGAAUGUUGUUACGCACGGGUCACGUCCGGAGUGGCUUAACGCCCCCCUCGCAUGCCCCACAUUUAAUUGUCUGGUAUAUAAUAGUGUUUUGUCCACUACCCCCUGCCCCCCGCCCUGCCCUCCCCAGACAGCUUUCUUGGGGGCGGGGGGGGGGGAACUGUCUUCUGGUCUCUUCGCAAAACAGAUUCUGUCCUUGUCACCCAGGGCAGGGAGCUCAGUCCUUUUUGUUCUGCUGUCUCGCUGCCACUGCCUGCGUCACCCCCAGUCAAGUGGGGGGGGGGGGCGGCGGGGCGGCUCAGGACCCCGCAGCCGAGACAUCGAGAGAUCACCCAGAAAUCCGUCCCCUCCACACGUGGAGGCUCUGGCAAAUAUUAAUUUUCCUAGAAAAUCCUUCAGACCUGGGGACUCAGGAAAUGAAUCCGGUUCCCAGAGCAGCUGUUUGAGUCCCCGGGCUUAGAACCCUGGUAGCGGGCCGUCCUCAUCCUCCCCAGACUCCACAAUUUCUCCCCGCAAAGGGGGGAAAAAAAAAAAGACAAAACAGGACAUGUACUUGCUGGCAGAACACAGGGCAAGCUCCAGAAACUCCAUGUGCACACAAUUAAAAGUUGGCUGCCCCCCUGAGGGCUCCCAGUGCAAACUUAAAGAGACAGGGCUUUGCCGAAAACCAAACAAGGGCCAGCUGGGGGGUUUUUUUUGUGUGUUUUUUUUUGGGGGUUCCCCCCCCCACCCAACAACCUAUAGGCUUUCCGGAGCUGCCUGGAACAGAGCCUGCUGGAAAUAGGGCUCUCCAGACACACGCAGUUUCCUUCAUGGCCUGUUUUGUCCUCAGAAUCUCCAUAUAGUUUUCUUUCCAGUUCCUUCCUUUUGUGAACAACAACAACAACAAAAGGGGGGGGGGUUCCGAGCCUUGAGAAGUUAAGUGCCUCAUGACAGGGAGUAAGAUCCCUGGCUGAUAGGUGUCCUGUCCUCUCUCGUCCGCUUCUGUCCGCUCGGCCCAUGAGCGCUCGCUCGUGGUCAUUCAGUAAAGCAGAGCGCUGGCUUCUCGCCUACAGAAGUAGGCUUCUUGGCUUCAUGGAGUCUGGCUUGCUUUCAUUUUGACUGAAGGGAGGUACCUAAGACAAAAGAGUUUGGAUGGUUGAAGGAGACACCCUAGAUUGUGCGUGUGUGCGUGUGUGUGUGUGUGUGUGUGUGUGUGUGUAAACUGGAGAGAAAACCAAACCAAAGCCUACUGGGGACAACUGCUGGUGUCUGACAGAAGGCCACAACUUUGGGCAGCUUUGAGAAGCGGGACACAAGUUGUGUACCUGCGCGUCUGGCCCCGGAGCCAGCGGUAUGGUCAAGCGAAGCUCCUAGAAGCAGCUCAUCGACGCCGCUCCCCACAUAAGUCCAUAUUUAUCCCUGCUUCCCCUUCUCCCCUCUCCCCAUACCCAUUGGACUUGGUAUGCUAGGCUACAGGGACAUCCCGCCUCUGUCCCCUGUUCUCCUGUCACGUGUAUUCAUGACCUUUAACUUCACUUCCUGACCACGGUACGUCCAUAAAGACAGUAUUACACUUAAAUGAAGUAUUCCUUUUUAUAAUCGUUUUUUAGAAGGUAAAGGAAUUUAAUAAAGCUACUUUAUGAUAAUA